GGGCUGCGAAAAUAACCAACAUGACACGGGGGAGCAGAGCGCGAAGAAAAUGGAUUUAACGCAGUUUAACUCGUCUACGGAAAACGUCUCCAAAGAGGAGAAUGGCACGAGCGCACCCGUCAAUCUGCCGCCUCACACCGAGGUGGCCGCCGCGCUCAUCAUCUUCGUGGUAACGGCGAUAAUUUCGGUGACCAUCGUCGGCAACGUGCUGGUCAUCGUGGCGGUCCUCACCAGCCGGGCUCUCCGUGCGCCUCAGAACCUGUUCCUGGUCUCACUGGCGUCCGCGGACAUCCUCGUAGCCACUCUGGUCAUCCCGUUCUCCCUCGCCAACGAGGUCAUGGGCUACUGGUACUUUGGUAGCACCUGGUGCGCCUUCUACCUGGCUCUGGACGUGCUCUUCUGCACUUCGUCCAUCGUGCACCUGUGCGCCAUCAGUUUGGAUCGCUACUGGUCUGUCACUAAAGCCGUCAGCUACAACCUAAAGCGGACACCCAAGCGCAUCAAGACGAUGAUAGCCGUGGUGUGGAUUAUCUCGGCCGUCAUCUCGUUCCCGCCGCUCCUCAUGACCAAGCACGACGAACGGGAGUGCUUGCUAAACGACGAGACGUGGUACAUCCUGUCCUCCUGCCUGGUGUCCUUCUUCGCUCCAGGUCUCAUCAUGAUACUGGUCUACUGUAAGAUCUACAAAGUGGCCAAGCAGCGCUCCUCCACCGUGUUCGUGGCCAAGAACGGCCUCGAGCGGCAGCCGUCCCAGUCGGAGACCUGCUUCGUCAGGAAGGACCGCUGCGAGACGGAGAGCCCCAGCAGCCAGAGCUCCGUCGGCAGCCAACACCAGCAGAACCACCAGCAGCAGCAGCAGCAGCCUCGCCAGCAAGAAGAGCUGGACGACAUUGACCUGGAGGAGAGCUGCUGCGCGUCGGAUAGCAAGCCGCGGAACCACCGCUUCGCCAAGCGGCGGAAGGUGGAGGGGUCGGACUGCUGCGCGCCGCAGAACUGCCGCCUGUCCUGGGCGUCGGCGCGGCGCGCCUCGCAGCUCCUCUCGGAGCAAAGGAGCGCAGCCGGUCGCCAGCAGCUGACGGCGGCCAACAAGACUAAAGUAGCCCAGAUGCGGGAGAAGCGUUUCACCUUCGUGCUGGCGGUGGUGAUGGGGGUGUUUGUGCUCUGCUGGUUCCCUUUCUUUUUCACCUACAGUCUGCACGCGGUGUGCCGAGAGAGCUGCUACAUCCCCGGCGCGCUCUUCAACCUCUUCUUUUGGAUAGGUUACUGCAACAGCUCCGUCAACCCCAUCAUAUACACCAUCUUCAACAGGGAUUUCAGAAAAGCGUUCAAGAAAAUUGUCUGCAGAACUUCUAAACGCACAUAAAGUGGAGGGGGGGGGUAAAAGGGGCCUUAAUUGGGACGAGUCCGUGCCUCCUUCUCAUUCGGCAGUGUAAAGAAAUGAAUUCCUCCCGGUAAUUUGGCUGGUCUGAUUAUUGUCCCAAAACGGAACAUUUUCAUGUAAAUAGUCUCAUAGGAGUAAUUAUCUUGUUGUCGUGCUCAGUUGUCUAGAUGUUGAAUAAAAUGUAAAGAGAGAAAA